UCCUGUGAAAGGUAAACAAAUGGAGCUCCGCACUCCGAGUCGUAAAAUGAUUCAAAAUGUAAGCCUAAUGCGGAUAUUCAAGCUUUCAAAAUGCCCGGACAGAAGAGAAAAUAUAACGUUCGCUUUCCACCCGGACGCGUCAAGAAAAUAAUGCAGAAGGACACUGAGGUGGGACGAAUCGCUACAGCUGUACCAGUCAUCAUAUCUAAAGCUUUAGAAAUAUUCCUCAAAUCUCUUCUCACCAUGACCUGUAAAGUAACUCAGUCCCGAAACAGCAGAGUGAUGUCCAUCAAUCACAUGAAGCAGUGUAUUAAUUCAGAGAAGCUGUUUGAUUUCCUGAAGGAUAUGGCAGAUCAGGCCUCUACCUCGUCAACAUCAGAAACAUGCAAAACAAAGGGAAAAUGGCAGUCCCACAGGAGAAGAUGGCAAAGUGUGUCCAUCAAAGCUAGGUCACCCGAGCGAGAGGAGCCGCCUCAGAAAACUGCCAGUGAUCUAGUCAUCAACAGUGAUUCCUCCAGUGAGUCUGAGCUGUUCAUCUGCUUGGAAACCCAUUCACCUUGACUGGGCUUUUGAAAAGUUUCACAAGAUCCGACAAUCUCUUUCACUGAAAACUGCAGUAUCAUUUAUGAAGACCCAACAUCUUUUUUGGGGAGGGAGUGUUAUUGUUAUCCUGACAUAUAUAUUUAAUUUUUAAUUUGUGAAAUUGCUCUGUUGUGGCGUUAUACUGGCCAUGAAGUUAACCUUAUAUAUAUUUGUUUGUUUUCUAGUUUUAAAUUCCGAUAAGGAAUCUAUUGUUUAUAGUAUGAUCGAGAUUCUGCGAUAGCGAGCAGCUCCAUUUAUUUUCUUUUAUUUGGAUUCAUGAUUAAAACUGUAGUUUGAACCGCCUAAUGUUUAUAAGCUGUGACAUAUAAUAAUAUAUAUGUAUAGAGGUAAAUAUUUAUCAUCUUUAAAUGCAAAUUUCCAUUUUCCACAGUAGGAUACACAGGGUUCUUAAAGCCAGUUAUAUAUUUUAUAGUGAAUAUUCUUAUCUAUAAAGCAUAUUUUAAGAUGUAGAUAUUACACUAUUAUAUAAAUAUGCCUUUUCUACUCUUAACUCAACUACUGUGAUGAAAGACAAAUGAGAUGUAGUUAAAAAUGUUACACGGGCGAUGUCUGAAUAAAAUAUCUGAGGAUGA